AUGGAGCAAAGCCCCUCUCUCACCAUCCUGCUGCUGGUACUGGGCCUCUCUCAGGCCCAAAUGGACCACAGUGGACCAGCCAUGUGGAUAGACCACCUUGAGGCUGUAGACAUCACUGAGAGAAUUCUGACCGCUAAUAACGGCUCUGAUGAGAUGCUGAUGGAGGGAGACCUGGUGGUACCAAGAACCAGAAACGCCAUGCAGUGCAUGCAAGGAGGAAACAGCUGCCUGUGGAACAAAGCCUCUAGCGGAUACAUUGAAGUGCCCUACACAAUAGAAGACAGCAGAUUCACUCCCUCCGACAUGAAGGAGAUUGAGCACGCCGUCGAGUGGUUCCACAGCAAGACCUGCAUUCGCUUUGUGCCACGUGGCAACCAGAAAGACUACAUCAGCUUUGAGAGUUUGAGCGGCUGCUACUCUUCUCUCGGGAGAAUUGGAGGGAAACAGAGGGUCUCUGUUAACAGCGUUGGCUGCAUCUUUCUCGGCAUCAUUCAGCACGAGACCCUCCACGCUCUGGGAUUCCAGCACGAGCAAACCAGGAGCGACCGUGACCAGUACAUCAGGAUCAACUGGAGUAACAUCGACUCUAACAUGGCCUAUAACUUCGAUAAACAAAACACCAACAACCUGAACACUCCCUAUGACUACAGCUCUGUCAUGCACUAUGGAAAAACAGCCUUCUCUAUCAACGGGAUGGACACCAUCACCCCCAUCCCCAACCCUGACGUGUCCAUCGGCCAGAGACAGGGGAUGUCCACCACUGACAUCCUGAGGAUCAACCGACUCUACGGCUGCUGA